GUUUUGAAAGCAGAACCCCAAACGAGGAGGGUAAAGAAGAUCCCAAAGGGGCUGCCUGUCCUGCUACCAUCUCGGCAGCGUCUCAGGCAGGUAGUCCCAGAGUGGUAGAAGAUCCCCAAGUACAAUCACUUGGACAGAGCUCUGGGGUGAGCAGCUCCCUUAAAAAAAGGUCCCCCACAGGCAAGAGUGAGGUUCUAGAGGUCAAAGUGGCCGAGAAGCCCCCCACGCCCGAGCCAGAGAUGAAGUUCAUCUGCACAGAGUGCGGGGUGUGCUUCCCAAAGCUGGCCCGCCUGGAGGGGCACCAGCUGCGUUCUCACCCAGGCUCGCGGUCCUUCCCGUGCCUAAGCUGCGGGAAGAUCUUCGGCCGCAACUCCAUCCUUAAGCUGCACAUGCGCACGCACACGGACGAGAGGCCACAUGCCUGCCACCUCUGCAGCCACCGCUUUCGUCAGAGCUCACAUCUGAACAAGCACCUGCAGACGCACUCUGAGCCUGCCUUCCUGUGCGCUGAGUGUGGCCAGGGCUUCCAGAGGCGGGCCAGCCUCCUGCAGCACCUGCUGGCGCAUGCUCGGGACCAGAAGGCCCCCUGCACUCAGGAGACCAAGACCAAAGCUCAGGAGCUGGCCAUGGUGCUGUGCUCCCACUGUGGCCAAACCUUCCAGAGGCGCUCCAGCCUCAAGCGUCACCUGCGAAUUCAUGCCAAAGACAAGGGCCGCCAGCGCUCCGAGCACAGGCCCUACGUGUGCAGCGACUGUGGCAAGGCUUUCCGGCGCAGCGAGCACCUGGGGGCCCACUUGCGUGUGCAUACGGGCGAGCGGCCCUUUUCCUGCCAGGUCUGCGGCCGCAAAUUCAGCCAGAGCUCCCAGCUGGUCUGCCACCAGCGGGUGCACACGGGAGAGAAGCCGUACAGCUGCCCACAAUGCGGGAAGUGUUUCGUGCGCCGGGCGGGCCUCGCCCGCCAUCUCCUGACCCACGGCGGCCCGAGGCCUCACCGCUGCGCCCAGUGCGGCAAGAGCUUCAGCCAGAUGCAGGAUCUGGCCCGCCACCGGCACAGCCACACCGGCGAGAAGCCCUGCCGCUGCAGCGAGUGCGGCGAGGGUUUCAGCCAGAGUGCACACCUGGCGCGCCACCAGCGCAUCCACACUGGGGAGAAGCCCCACGCCUGUGACACCUGCGGCCAUCGCUUCCGCAACAGCUCCAACCUGGCCCGCCACCGCCGCAGCCACACGGGUGAGCGGCCCUACGGCUGCCAGACGUGCGGUCGGAGCUUCCGGCGCAACGCCCACCUGCAGCGACACCUGGCCACCCACGGAGGGGCAGGAGACCAGGCAGCGUCUGGGCAGGUUGAGCCACCCCAGGAGUGCCUACAGUGCGGCAAGAGUUUCAGCCGCAGCUGCAACCUGCUGCGUCACAUGCUGGUGCAUACGGGGGCCAGGCCCUACUCGUGUGUGCAGUGUGGCCGCAGCUUCAGCCGCAACUCCCACCUGCUGCGCCACCUGAGAACCCAUGCCCGAGAGACCUUGUACUAGCUUCACCCGAGUUCCACCAGGCCUACCCUGCCUGCCUCUUCCUGGCCAGGUCCAGGUCCCUGUCCCCCAGCCCCAACCCUGGCCCACCCUACCUCCCUCUGGAGCUCCCU